UGCACAAGCAUAUACUAGGAAGGGAAAUGAUAUCAUUUCCUGGCUGCCUACUAUAUCUACAUUUACUUGAAAAGUAUAGUUGGAAGAAAGUGGGGGCUUAGUCGACUGGGGAAUAGUCAAUCUAUUGCCCAGGGUUGUGAUGGAACAUUUUGACUUGAAAUAGGUACACAGGGAAGACCCGAGAGAACAACCCUCUGAAGCCAGUGUGUUCAAUAUAUCGGCUCAAGCCUGAUAUUGGCUAUACGGAUACGAGUACAGAUACCGAUAUAAAGAUUAGCAGGCCGUACAUGUAUUUGUACAUGAUUCAUCCAGGUGGAAUGAUGUGAGGCCAUGCUAUCAUUCAGCUAAACUGCCCCUGCAUUAUCACCCGCUGGCGCAGAAUUCCUGCCCAUUAUGUCUCCUGCCCCCAGGGAACACCUCACACACAGCACAUUUUCUCACGCACUCUCCCCAAGCAGCGACCUGCCGGAGUAGAAAGUCUUGUUUUCGGUGACCUUUCCUUUCAACUCGUGUCAGCAGCAAAUGGGAACCAUUUUUUCUGCCGAUCUUCACAUCAUUCGUAAUUAUUCUAACUUAUAUGACGGGUAUCGUUGAGCACUCGGACUCUUCCCCGUGAGACGAUAGGUACACAUUCUGAAAGAUUUGUGUUGUGGGCGGGACGACUAUAGAUUGUGAUGUCUAAAUCAUUGCCGUAUUGAUUUGCAGCCAACAUGGCGAGACUCGAUAGGACUACCAUCAGUAAAUGUCCCUGAGGGACGUAUCCAAAGGACGGGCUACAAACGGCUAGUGUAUAUUUCGGGUUGUUUUCGUGACAUUUGAUUUGUUGACGGAUUUGAAGUAUCCACGUCGCACAUGCAUGUUUCUUUGGACAGCCCAAAUAUUGAUCGCCUUAACAGGAAUAUGGCGGAUAACGUAUCGGCUCGGCCGUCUCUGAUAAGAAAGUCCCGGAGUUUCAGAUCCUUUCCCAACCUUCUGCAACCUAUAGCUGACAAGAAGAGGUCCAGUCUACGGUCCACUGAUCGAGUUCUCGUCGCCAGGGUACCAAAAGCUAAAGACGCAAACGUCGAAACACGGAAGCAGGCGACUCCAAGUGUCACAGUACUAGGUAAACCACCUCAGUCCUCACCAGAUAGACAGAAAGGCAAAACAGAUAGAACUCAACACCAGUCACCUAGGACACCGCCACCAAAGGAGGAAGACGUCUCAUCAAGGUACAAGCACCUCGGCCUUACAGAUGUUGUCGCUGAUGUUGACAACGACGACGCACGCGACAAUAAUUCAAGUAAAGAAGGUAGACGGUUGAGCACGUUUCUUUAUGAUGAAGAUGGGAUCGCAGUUCCUCGAGAUUUAGCUCAGGCGAAAGAAGACAGUAUAAGAAGAAAGAAGGGCAAGUCUAAUAUUGUCUACUAUGAGGAUCCCACUCGUAUUACAGUACACAAUGACACAGCUACAGAUGGCCUUGGCAAUCGAUAUGAAGGACAAAGAAAACCCCGGAAAGAGAAUGACGAACAUUUUGAGGUCCAUGUGACGGAGGAAACCUUGGUGAGUGGACACAUCGAUGACCACAUUGUCGUUGUAGACUUUCCCGACGACGUCCCCAUCAAUAGCGCAAUCUUUCCACCUGGGAUUUAUCCAAAAUCUACAUCAAGUGUCAAUACCGGAAAAACUCCUCCGGAUAAAAUGUACUAUCCCCUGGUGCCCGCAUUUGAGAAGAUUGGCAAGAAAGACAGAAAAAGUCGAAGGUCAGAGAUAGUGGAAUGGCCCUCUGACGUUGACUUUUACGAUUAUGAUGAUGUUGUAUAUAUGGGGCAAAUCCCUGAGGAUGAUGUAGGCUAUGGCUCGUUGGACAGGAACACCACAGAUGUCAGAUCUGAAAAUGUGUCGCCACCUCAAGGGUUCUCUCAGGACAAGUUGAGCGUUCGUGCUACGGGCAGGAUUCAAAGCGUGGAUAGAUCUGUAGACUAUGGUAGUUAUUACCUAGAACCUAUUACUAGUGCUUACAAUCGUUCUGAUAGGGGUGUUUAUGUCACUGAGGAUGCAGAGACAACUAAGAACAGUCAGGUGGCGCGGUGGGCACAGCACGUACAGAGUUAUCAUAACAGCCAGCAGUCCCACCCGUCGCUGAACAUUGACGCAUUCAGCAGCGCGACUACAGGACUUUUCAGGUUUUCGGAAACUAACCUGGUCGAGGUGGAAUAUAACGAGUCGGUGUACGAUGACUCUGAAGGGGAGGACGCCGCAUCGACACCGCCGGCCGCCCCAAUCUUCCAUGACGAAGAGAGUACGAGCUUUGCCAAGGACGAAGAGACAGAAGUCGACCCAAGGCAUUCAAGGCAACUUGUACACGAUGAAAAUGGUCAACUUGCUGCACAUCUGACUGAACAAAAAGGACAACAUCGGUGACAAAGCCCAAUGUGGCUGCGGGGAACGUAGUACCAAAGCCCGGUGCUAUCCCAGUCCUUGUGUGAGAACAUGACAGAGUACUCGACACCAGCUGCCUUUUUGCCGUCCAAAGCUAGCAGUGCCACGAAAUUUGCUAAUGUCAAACAUAUCAGUACCAACAGUAGUACGUGUAAUGACAGCAUUGAUGUAAGACAGGCUGCAGCAACGUUAGAACAAAUGUUGCAAAGAAGGCUCAGUAAUGGCCAAGGUGCUGUCGGCAGAGACGUUGUUAGGUCGAAAAACACGAGUUACAAACCGGCCGGAUCCGACCACCCACCGACAAACAACGAACGUAAGCCGAAGACGACUGUUCCGUCGCAAGUAAAGAAUGUACCGUCAGUGGCGAGGGAUCGGUCCAGUGAAAAGGACGUCAAUCGACCACGUAUGAACUUCACUACAAAGAAAAGGGACUUAACCCCAAGUCGUAAUGGAGGCGCAAACUUCCAGAACACUGAUAAUGUGAGCAAAAGGGUGAAUAUCAGAGCACUCAACCCCUAUCAGAAAGAGACACAAAGCAAAAGUAAUGUCCACGAACACCCCGUACCUAACGGUGAUGAACAAAUGCAAGUAACAGCGCCAACAAAACCCACAAGAGUAGAGUCUUUCACCAUCCGGUCAGGGUUAGAGACAGAUGAACAUGAAAACUCCGUGUCCUCGCGCAGCGUCAACACCAUGAUUGAGAGGUUUGAAUCCCUGAAACGUCCCGGGCGUACUGAAGGUACAGCGGGCUGGCGGGCGGACGGACAGGGGAGGGACGACUCCAUGGUUCCGUCAGUCUUUAUAUAAUGUGGAACCAGGGGUCGAAGGGAGAAGAAUAUCACGUAAAAGCGUUCUAUCUAGAAACCAAGUCACAUGGGACUAAAGUGUGGAUAAAACAAUAGAUAUGCCAUUCUAGUUCCUUUUUUUCACAGAAUAUUAUCCAGACCAAGGAGGUUUUCUUCUAGACGACUUCCUCUCUGUCAAGUAUUAGAGAAGUGAGUGAUAAAUCAAGAACGGUUUUCAAAACUGAUGUAAGAUCGAACUCACUGAACGUACAUUUGUCUUUUCUCUGCCACUUAGAUCUAACAGUAGUUAAAUGCAAUUAAGAAGAUUCAUUGUGAAAAUCUUGCAAUGAUGACGAGAGCUUUCGCUCGAAUAGUCUGAAUACUCUGACGAUUUAUGACUAGAAUCUACUGAUGAUAAAGAUUGUCGAGUUUGUUGAAUUGUUGGUCUAUGUUCUAUGGUCCCGUAAAGGGGCGUUGCAAAUAAAGACAAAACG